AUGUCUACGGGAACUCUUUUUGUCAAAGACUCGCGCACUAAUGCGCACUAUGAGAUCCCCAUCCAGAGAAAUGCGAUUCUCGCAACAGACCUGAAGAAAAUCAAAGCAUCAUCCAUCGGUACCGACCGAGCAGAUCAUGUUGCUAGUGGUCUCCGUGUACAUGAUCCGGGAUUGCAAAACACGACUGUAGUAGAAACGGGAAUCAGCUUUUCAGAUCAUGAAAGAGGGAUUCUUUUGUUUCGCGGAUAUACUUUGGAGGAGCUGUGGGAUAGUGACUUUGAGGAUAUGCUUCAUCUCCUUGUCUGGGGAACGUAUCCUACGGCUCCCCAAAGGAAAGAGGUAAGUCGGAGACUGGCGGGACACAUGCAGGACAUCCCAGAGAAUGUAUCGAAGGCUAUUGGGUCGCUUUCAAAAACGACACCACCAUUAGCGCUAAUCAUGACCGGCCUUUCAGUGUAUCUUGGAUGUACACCAGAUACCAUACCUGCGUCUUCGCAGGCCAAUAUGUACCAGGGGAAUAGUGAAAAUGUCGAUAAAGCAAUAUUCACGACGGUGGCAAGCUACGCCGUUGUAUUUGGUCUUGUUCAUUGUCAUCGACGAGGAAUUCCGUUUUCCCCCGCAUCUCCAGAUAAGAGUUACUAUGAAAAUCUCUUUGCCAUGGCAGGUAUGGUGGACUCGGAAACAGGACAGCCAGAUCCAACGAAAUUGUCAUGCUUCCGUCGAUUUUCAAUGCUCAAUGCAGAUCACGGAAUGGCACUAUCGGUCUUUUCAGCUUUGGUCACUGCGUCCUCCCUAACGGAUCCAAUUUCUUGCUUAAUUACCGCAGUGGGCGCUGCCUAUGGCCCGUUACAUUUUGGUGCAACGGAGUCAGCUCAGCGCGCACUCCGGGAGAUCGGAACCCCCGACAAUGUUCCGGAGUUCAUUGAAGAGGUGAAGAAGGGGAAGCAGAAGCUGUUCGGGUAUGGGCAUCGCUCAUACAAGGGAAUUGAUCCGAGAGUGCGCCCAAUCCAGUCAAUUUUGAAAGAUAUCGAUUUGUCCUCGAACCCUCUUUUGAAAGUCUCCGAGAGAAUCGAACAGGUCGCCUCGGGUGACGAUUACUUCAAGUCGAGAGGGUUAUAUCCCAAUGCUGACUUCUACGGCAAUUUUGUCUUUACGGGACUAGGGUUUGAACCGGAUAUCAUUCCGGCUGCCAUGCUCGCCCAACGUAUCAUGGGAAUAAUGGCACAUUGGCGGGAAUAUAUGCGUAAGUGUCCUCGGUGA